AUGAAGUUCGGCCAGACGCUCCGAGCUGCGCAGUGGCCGCCUUGGGACGAGGUCUACAUCCCAUACAAGUCCCUCAAGAAGAUCCUCAAGGCGGGCGCCGCAGGCGAGGCGGGGUUCGGAGCUACAGAGGGCAGCUUCGUUGCGAAGCUUUGCGACGCCGUCAGCAGCGUGGACGCGUUCUUCACUGCGCAAGUCGGACUCCUGACCAGGCGUCUGGCCGCGCUGCGGACGGCGUCGCAAGUGUCGGGCGCCGAGCUGGCGGCCGUCUCUGAGGAGAUGGACGUCCUCUGCUCCGGUGUUGACUGGCUGAGAGGGUAUGCCGAGCUAAACCGCGUCGCGGUGCGCAAGAUCUUGAAGAAGCACGACAAGUCGUCGCAAAUCGCGCUCACGCCGUCCCUCGGGCCCUGGGUCGAACGCCGCGCCUUUGCGUCGCUACGAGGCCUGGACGCGUUGUUGCGCGCAGCCGAGAAUUUCCUCGCGCUGCUGGUCGCGCCGCUGGACGGCCGACGGUCGGGCCAGGCGGCGGGCCCGAACGGCGCUCAAGCGGCCUGCGGCGGCGCACCCGCCGCCGCCAAGGUGGAGCCGCCCGCGUCGAUCGUGUGGCAGCCGAGGCCGCGGGGCGCGGAGGCGCCUCGCUCGCCGUCGCUGCUCGUCCGGAACGUGCCCGCGUGUGUCGAGUGCCACCGGUCAAAGACGGCGUGCUCCGGCGGGUUCCCGUGCACGCGCUGCCUGCGGCUUGGGAAGGUCUGCGUACCGCGGCAGAGGCACAAGCGCUUCCGCACCGCUGCGUGCCGCGCCGGCGCUGCCAGCGUUGGACCCUCGCAUGCCGCGAUCGCGGACGAAGUGGUCGAGGAGAUGCGCCGCCUCGAGCCGGCUGCCGGGGAACCAGAGCCGGGCCCUACGGCGCUGGAGCUGGAGCUGGAGCCCACAGCCGCUCAAUCGCAGCCGUCGCAGCCGUCGCCCACGCCCGUCGCCCUGCAGGGCGUCGUUGAAAGCGCCUCGCAUUCAUUGCCCAACCGUGCCGCCCGGCCGGGCACCGUUCAGGCUUCCGCCGCCGUGGCCCGGCCAGAGCCCUUUUCGGCCGUCCCGGGCGUGUGCGGGCCGACGACGUGGCUAUCUGGCAACCUAGAGCUGCUCAGCGCAGUGGCGCGCAUGGAGGGGGAGGUGCUCUAG